AUGUCGUCGCCGCCCUCCUGGCUUUUUUCUAACAACAGCGACAACAAGAGGCUCGUUGCGGCAACGGCACAAGACGGCGACUCGACGAAGCGAUCCAAGUGCUCGGCCGGAAAGAUGGCCAAGAAGGACAGCAAGGUGGCGGCUUCCGCUAAGAAGGAAGGCUCCAAGCGCACCGUCUCGGUCCCUCCCGCACAGCUGCUGGACUUGGUGGAGAAGUUCCUCGCCGACAACUCCUUCAGCAAGGCCCACGCGGCCUUUCAAAAGCAGCGCGAGCAGAGUGGGCUGAAGGCCGGCCAUGGUGGUAGCAACCAGACGCUUGCCCAAGUCUAUCAGUCCUGGAAAGCCUCGAAAGGGAAGGCCAAAGCCGAUGGCGCGGACAGCUCAAGCGAAUCAAGCUCCGGCUCCGGCUCCGGCUCCAGUUCCAGUUCCAGUUCCGACUCUAGCGAAAGCGAGAGCGAGAGUGAGAGCGACAGCGAAGACGACACGGCGAAAAAACCUGCUGCGAGCCUGAAGCGCAAGGCACCUGCCAGCUCCAGUUCGUCGGAUUCAGGCUCGUCGGACUCUGACUCCGACUCGAGCUCAGAUUCGGUUUCCGAAAACCAGCCCAAGGCCAAGAAGCAAAAGACUGCCGCCGCGACGACGCCAACCUCGGAUGGUGGCAAGAUGGACGUGGAUGGUGACUCAUCGGACAGCUCAAGCUCCAGUUCCGACUCCGACUCUGAAUCCGACUCCGGCACGGACUCGGACUCGGACUCGGGCUCGGACUCUGGCUCUGACUCUUCCGACUCUGACUCCGAUUCCGACUCUGACUCUGAUUCCGACUCUGACUCUGAUUCCGACUCCGACUCCGAUUCUGGCAAGCCCGUCAAGGCCAAGGUCGCGGCCAAGGUCGCGUUGCCGGAGUCGGACAGCUCGGACUCGGACUCGGACUCGGACUCGGACUCGGAUUCGGACUCUGAGAAGGACCAGCCAAAGGUCAAGAGGAAUGCCAACAAAGAUUCGUCCGACACGUCGGUGACACUCGAGGGCUCUCCGCAGCCCAAGAUUACGACAACCAAUCCCCCCCUGCCCCCUGAUCCGGCGAUCAAAGGGGCCAAAGGUGGCAAGAAGGCGCAAGGCGAGCGCUUCUCCCGGAUCCCCAAAGAUAUUAAGGUGGAUGCGAGGUUUUCUUCUAACGACUACGUGUCGAUGGACUACUCGCAGCGAGCGUACGAUGACCUCAUCGUGACCAAGGGCAAGGGCUUCACGAAGGAAAAGAAUAAGAAGAAGAGGGGCAGCUUCAAGGGCGGCAUGAUUGACAUUCACGAGAAGAAGGGCAUUUACUUUGAUGACUAA